AUGAUUUAAUUCUUAAAUCUUCUGAUGGCUGGUCAUCAACAUAAAACAUUUUUUAAGGAACUAAAAACAAUCAUUUGUACCAAAUUAAACCAAGAUUGCCAUAAGGCUAGAAUAUUGAAAGAUUUCUUGAAAUCAUAUAAUUAUUUUAUAGAAGGGAAUCAUAUAUGUAGUGGAAUUAUCUUUUUUGAUAUGUUUUUAAUAAUUUGUUUUGUAUUUUAUAUAACCAAUCAAAAUAUGCAAAAGUUUGAAUAAAAUGAUAAAUUUAAUUACCUCCAUAUUUUUCAAAUUUUUCUUUUCUCCCUAAAAAAUGAAAGACACUUUCUGAUUAAGAGAAUAAAGUUUAAAAUAAAGUAAUAGAAAUUCAAUAUUAUUUUUAAAAAGCAUAUGAAUUGCAUACAGCAUAACCAAUAUCAAGUAUCAAUGAUAUGUACAGCUCCACACUAUUGUAAAUGUUAAAGGAAAAUGUGUGUUGAAUGCCAAUAUAAACAUGGGGUUGAUUUGAAAUAUACAGUUCCAAUCAAUAUAUUUCAGGAAAUGUUUAUGAAGAAAUUAAAAGAAUGUAAUUUGGAUGAGACAUCUGAAAUAACAAAAUAGAAGGAUAAUUUUAAAUUGAUAAUCUCUCAAACUGAAAGGAUGAUGAAAACAGAGUGGGAACAAUUGUCUGAAUCAAUUAAAUUAACAUAUGAUUUGAUUGAAGAGAAAAAUAAAUCUUACUCUUAUCUUAUCAACCAAAUUAAUAACCUAGCAGAAUCCUCCUAUUCUGAUAUAGAAGAAUUAGUUUAAAUUUUGGAGGGGAAAAAUAUGGAUGAUUGGGGAGAUGAGAAAAAUGUAUAUUUAAUAAAAUUGCAGAAAUACAAAAAUUAAUUGGAAUAAGAAGUCAUGUCCUUUGUAGAGAAGUUAAAAAGAGAAAUGUACCUAUAUUUAAUUAUACUUUAGAAUGAUCCCAAUUCAAAAGAUAACUUAAGACUUAACGUAAGUGUAUCAAAGAAAGGAAAAUUUGUAUGAAAUACUGGUUUAGACAAAAUAAUUUAAUGAAUAAUUCCUUGAUGAAAUAAUUGAAAUGCUUUAGAAAGAGAAAAUAAGAGAUUGCAUCGAAUAUCUUUCAAACAAGGGGAAUAAAUAAUAACCAGAGUUCAAAAUUAUGAUAGGCCUUCUAAAAAAUAUAUUUGAAAUAGAUUUUAAUAGGAAAAAUUAUUCUACAGAAGUUUAUGAACAAAUAAGAAAGGAUUUAAUUAAAUAAGUAUCUUACGAUAAGCAAAUCAUCAGAUUAUUGAAAUUCCUUGUAAAACUGACAGCAAUUGAUGAGAGAUAUAUCUAAUGUGGAUCCAAUUCCUUUAAUUUAUUAAUCGAAAUGAAGGUGGAUUUGAGGGAAUAAACCUUUGAAAACAUCAGGAUUAGAGAUGCUAUAUUAGUUGGUGGAAAUUUUGAAAGAUGUAAUUUCAAUGGAUCGGAAUUUGAUAAUGUAGAUAUUAGUGGAAUUAACUUGAACGAAGCAUAAUUAUAUAAUUGUAAAUGGAAAAAUAUAAAAAUACAUGAGUUGAAUAAAUUAGAUGGUCAUUCACAUUAUGUCAUGUCAGUUUGCUUCUCUCCUGAUGGUACUACAUUGGCGUCUGGCAGUUAUGAUAAGUCUAUACGUUUAUGGGAUGUUAAGACAGGAUAAUAAAAAGCCAAAUUAGAUGGUCACUCGAGUUGUGUUAAUUCUAUCCAUUUCUCUUCUGAUUGUUCUACUUUAGCAUCCGGUGGUUACGAUUAGUCUAUCCGUUUAUGGGAUAUUAAGAAAGGAAAAGAAAAGGCUAAAAUUGUUGGUCAUUCUAGUACAGUAUAUGCAGUUUGUUUCUCUCCUGAUGGUACAGUUUUAGCCUUUGGUAGCGGAGAUUAGUCAAUCCGUUAAUUGGAUAUUAAGAUGGGAUAAUAAAAGGCAAUAUUAGAUGGUCAUUCUAGUACAGUAUAUACAGUUUGUUUCUCUCCGGAUGGUACUACAUUAGCAUCUGGCAGUGGAGAUUAGUCAAUCCGUUUAUGGGAUUUUAAGACAAAAUAAUAAUUAGCCAUAUUAGAAGGUCACUCAGUUUGUUUCUCUCCUGAUGGUGCUGCAUUAGCAUCUGGUAGUGAUGAUAGCUCUAUAUGUUUAUGGGAUGUUAAGACAGGAUAAUAAAAAGCUAAAUUAAAUGGCCAUUCAAGUUGUAUUAAAUCCAUCUCUUUCUUUCCUGAUGGUAAAAUAUUAGCAUCUGGAAGUCAUGAUAAGUUUAUCCGUUUAUGGGAUGUUAAGACCGGAUAAUAAAAAGCCAUAUUAGAAGGUCAUUCGAGUUUUGUUAAUUCAAUCUGUUUUUCUUUUGAUGGUACUACAUUAGCAUCUGGUAGUUUUGAUAAAUCUAUCCGUUUAUGGGAUGUUAAGACAGGAUUAUAAAUAGCCAUGUUAGAUGGUCAUUGCAGUUUUGUUAAUCGAAUCUGUUUCUCACCUGAUGGUACUAUGUUAGCAUGUGUCAGAAAUGAUAAUUCUAUCUGUUUAUGGGAUGUUACAACAGGAUAAUAAAAGGCUAAAUUAGAUGGUCAUUCAAACUGUAUUAGAUAAAUUUUUUUUUCUCCUGAUGGUACUACAUUAGCAUCUUCUAGUUCAAAUAAUUCUAUCUGUUUUUGGGAUGUUAAGACAGGAUAAUAAAAGGCUAAAUUAUUUGGUCAUUCGAAUUUUUUUAAUCCAAUCUGUUUUUCUCCUGAUAGUUCUACAUUAGCAUCUGUUAGAAAUGAUAAUUCUAUCCGUUUAUGGGAUGUUACUACAGGAGAGUAAAUAGCCUAAUUAGAUGGUCAACCUAGCACAGUUACAUCAGUCUGUUUUUCUUCUGAUGGUACUACAUUAGCAUCUACUGGUUCAAAUCAUUCCAUCAAUUUAUGGGAUGUUAAGGGAGAAAAAUUAAAAGUCAAAUUAUAUGGUCAUACUAGCAAGGUUUAAAAAGUGUGUUUCUCUUCUGAUGGCACUACAUUAGCAUCCUGUAGUGAUGAUAACACUAUCUGUUUAUGGGAUGUUAAGACAGGAUAAUAAAAAGCUAAAUUAGAUAGUCAUUCAAAUAGCGUUUAAUUAGUUAGUUUCUCUUUUGAUGAUACUGCAUUAGCCUCUUUUAAUAGAGAUAAAUCUAUCCAUUUAUGGGAUGUUAAAGCAAAAAAGGAGAUUCUUCCUCAAGAUUAUUGUUACAAAGACCUUCUUCCUUAGUUUAAAAUACUCCUUUAAAAUUCAUCUAUUUUAUAAAAAGGUAUUAUUUAUUAUCAUUGUUAAGCUGAAAAUGUUUCUACAAUUAUACGAAUAUGUCAAAAUCCUACAUUGGAAGCGAAAGGAGCUUAAAUCUUGAUGGGAGAAUUUGUAAAUUAUUUAGGCAUAGAUAUGCGAUAUUUAUUCUAAUCUAAAGGAAGUUAUUUUUUGGAAACUUGUUUACAAUCUAAAAAUAAUUGA